UUCUUCUUAAACCCUGUACCAAAAGCCCGCCUUUGCUCUUCGGGCGCUCUUUUUCGCUCAGCGCGCUUCCUGCUUAAUUGCGCGCCAUCUACAAAUUCAACCUCGUGAAUCAGACACCUAGUGGAGCUCCUGCGUGUUUUAACUUUCAUCUCUAGGGAUUGACUUCGCUGAGCUUUUUUGUGCGCUACGAAUUAUCCUAUCGCGGCGGGGAGGCUUUCUGGAUGUUGCUGGCGCUGGUACCUGAUCCCCAUAUAAAUUCAGCGUUUUUUUAACUAUCUGUUGGGACUCGCCAAUCUCGGUGGAAAAAGAUUUCUUCUUCUUCUGAAGUCUGAGAGCUGGCUGUAUUUCUGGUAAUGUAAUACCUGCUGUAGAUUCUGUCCACAUCUCAGAAUGUUCAUUGACAUGGAGGCUCAGAUUCACCAACUUGAGCAAGAAGCAUACUCAUCUGUCUUGCGUGCUUUCAAAGCUCAGUCUGAUGCUCUUACUUGGGAGAAGGAAGGCUUGAUAACUGAGCUCAGGAAAGAGUUAAGGGUUUCAGAUGAUGAACACAGAGAGCUUCUUACAAGGGUAAAUGCUGAUGAAAUUAUCCACCGGAUACGGGAGUGGAGGCAAACUGGUAGUUAUCAACCUUCAAUGCGCAGCAGUUCUCAACCUAUUCAGGACGUUUUACCCAGCCCAACUGUUUCUGCUUCUCGCAAGAAACAGAAGACUUCCCAAUCGGUUCAGUCAUUACCUGGAUUGUCUUCAGUGAAGUCUGCGCAGUAUCCUGCUGGUGCUGCUGGAGGAAGGCAUUUGACAAGUCGCAGUUCUUUUAAUGCCCGCCCAUCUAAUGCAUCUGCUGAGGCAGCAACUUCUGAUCCAUUGAUCGGGAAGAAAGUUUGGACUAGAUGGCCUGAAGACAACCAUUUUUAUGAGGCUGUCAUAACUGAUUAUAACCCUGCAGAGGGCCGUCAUGCGUUGGUUUAUGACAUUAGCACACCGAGUGAAACAUGGGAAUGGGUUAAUCUCAAAGAGAUAUCACCUGAGGAUAUACGAUGGGAUGAAGAUCCAGGCAUACCCCAUAGAGGUGGUCCUGGUGGGCAAGGCCAUGGGGUUAAGAAAUCUUUUAGCCGCACAGUUGAUACUAUGGUUACCGGGAGAGGGAGAGGACAUCCAAAGGCUCAGCCGAGAAAAGAAUAUCACCUGCCGCAAAAUGGUAUUGUAAAAAGAGUAUUGGAUGACUUUGAGUUGCUGAAUACAGAGUUACUGGUUAAAGAGGUGGAGAGGGUUUUUGCCGUGAAUCACCCAGAUCCUACGGAACUUGAGAAAGCUAAAAAUAUGCUGAAAGAGCAUGAGCAGGCACUUAUUGAUGCAAUUGCGCGACUCGCAGAUACAUCUGAUGGUGAAAGUGAUGGAGAACACCCACUUUUGGAUGGGCAGUUAAUGGAGACUGGAUGAGAGGGUAGACAGAGGGAGACGAGUCUCUCCGAAAGUACUAUUUAAGCUCUCUGGUAGUUUUAUGGAAGCGAAAUUGUGAAUGAAUCCCGGGGCAGGCAUGAAAGGACCCAGCUGUAUUUAAUGACCAACAAGAUAACCAUUUUAGUAAUGAAUUUCUGCCAUUUGUUUCUGUAUUC